AUGAUACCAACAUUAACAGUUUCUCCUGAUAUAGUGAUAGGUGGUAAUAAUUUACAAAGCUCUCCUAGAGGUCCCGUUAGAGAUUUUGUUGAAAAACAUAAUGGUCACACUGUUAUUACAAAAAUUCUUAUUGCCAACAAUGGUAUUGCUGCUGUAAAAGAAAUUCGAUCAAUCAGAAAAUGGGCCUAUGAAACUUUUGGUGACGAACGCGCCAUUCAAUUCACAGUCAUGGCUACGCCUGAAGAUUUGAAAAUUAAUGCCGAAUAUAUUAGAAUGGCUGAUCAAUACAUUGAGGUUCCCGGUGGCUCCAACAAUAACAAUUAUGCUAAUGUUUCUUUAAUUGUCGACAUAGCUGAAAGAACUGGUGUACAUGCUGUGGGACAUGCUUCCGAAAAUCCUAGAUUACCUGAUUCACUUGCAUCAAGUAAAAAUAAAAUAGUUUUUAUUGGUCCACCUAGUUCAGCCAUGAGAUCUCUAGGUGAUAAAAUUUCUUCUACAAUAGUCGCACAAUCUGCUGAUGUUCCUACUAUGGCUUGGAGUGGAAGUGGAAUAACUAGAACUGAAAAAAAUGAUGAUGGUCAUGUGAUUGUUCCAGAUAAUGUCUACGAAGAGGCCUGUGUUAAAGAUGCCGAUGAUGGUUUAAAUAAAGCAAAUAUCAUCGGAUUUCCUGUUAUGAUAAAAGCUUCUGAAGGUGGUGGUGGAAAAGGUAUAAGAAAAGUUGACAGCUCUGAAAAUUUUAAACACGCCUUUUCUCAAGUUCAAGUUGAAGUGCCCGGUUCUCACAUUUUAAUCAUGAAAUUGGCUGGAAAUGCUAGACAUCUUGAAGUUCAAAUACUUGCUGAUCAAUAUGGUAAUGCAAUAUCUUUAUUUGGUAGAGAUUGCUCUGUUCAAAGAAGACAUCAAAAAAUAAUUGAAGAAGCCCCUGUUACUAUUGCUAAACCUGGAACUUUUGAAGCUAUGGAAACAGCUGCUAUAAAAUUGGCCAAGCUGGUUGGUUAUGUUAGUGCCGGAACUGUGGAAUAUCUGUAUAGUCAUGAACAAAAUUUUUUUUGUUUCCUAGAAUUAAAUCCAAGAUUACAAGUAGAACACCCGACUACUGAAAUGGUUUCCGGUGUAAAUUUACCUGCUGCUCAACUACAAAUUGCUAUGGGUAUUCCCUUGCAUCAAAUCCGUGAUAUUCGUGUUCUAUACGGCCUUGCUCCAAAUGGUACUUCGGAAAUUGAUUUUGACUUUUCAAAUCCUGAAUCUCUUCAAACUCAACGAAAACCUGCUCCAAAAGGCCAUGUCAUUGCGGUGAGAAUCACUGCUGAAAAUCCUGAUGCUGGUUUUAAACCAAGUAGUGGAAUGGUACAGGAACUUAAUUUUAGGAGUAGUACUAAUGUAUGGGGUUAUUUUUCUGUGGGUUCUGCUGGUGGUCUUCAUGAAUUUGCUGAUUCACAAUUCGGUCACAUCUUUGCUUAUGGUGAAAACAGGCAACAAUCUAGAAAAAAUAUGGUGGUUGCUUUAAAAGAACUUUCAAUUAGAGGAGAUUUUCGUACAACUGUGGAAUACUUGACCAAAUUACUUGAAACUCAAGCUUUUGAAGAAAAUACCAUUACAACCGGAUGGUUAGAUAUGUUGAUAUCCGAUGAAAAUAUCAUCGCUGAAAGACCCGAUAAAAUGUUAGCUGUCAUAUGUGGCGCUGUCACUAAAGCCUACACAGAUGCUCAAGAAUCUAUAAACGAAUAUAAGCGUUUUUUGGAAAAAGGUCAAAUUCCAAACAAAAACGUUUUAAAAACAUUAUUCACCAUUGAAUUCAUUUAUCAAGAAGUACGUUAUAAAUUCACCUGCACACGCUCUGCUCCCAACUCAUUUGCAAUUUAUUUAAACGGUUCUAAAACUCAAGUAUCAGUUCGUGCUCUUUCUGAUGGUGGACUUUUGAUUUUAUUAGAUGGAAAAAGUCAUACUUGUUAUUUUCGUGAGGAGGUGACCGGUACUAGAUUAAUGAUCGACAGUAAAACUUGUUUACUUGAAAAAGAAAAUGAUCCUACUCAAUUAAGAUCACCAUCUACCGGCAAACUUGCCAGGUUUCUUGUGGAGUCUGGUGAUCAUGUUAAUGGUGGUGAUGCUUAUGCUGAAAUUGAAGUUAUGAAAAUGUAUAUGCCUUUAAUUGCUACAGAAGAUGGCAUUGUACAAUUCAUAAAACAACCUGGUUCUUCACUUGACGCAGGUGAUAUAAUUGGUAUUUUAACACUUGAUGAUCCAUCUCGUGUACAUCAUGCGUUACCUUUUGAAGGUCAACUUCCCGUUAUGAAUCCUCCUGUAAUGACCGGCAGUAAAGUACAUCAACUAUAUGGUGAAGUCAAACAGGUUCUUGAAUGUAUUUUAGACGGUUAUGACAAUCAAGCUAUGCUUCAUAACAGUGUCAAGGAAUUGAUGGAAUUGUUAAGAGAUCACGAACUACCUUAUCUGGAAUUUCAUUCAGUAUUGUCAACACUUUCAGGUCGUAUUCCUACAAAACUUGAUCUCUCUCUACAACAAUUAUCAAAUGAAACACACUCCCAAGGAUUUGACUUUCCUGCAAAACAAUUAAAAAAUAUGAUCGAUAAUUAUAUAGCUAAUUCAGUUAAGCAUAAUGAUAUUGCUAUUUUCAGAUCAACAAUCACACCAUUAAAUGAUAUCAUUGAUCGCUAUGUUUCUGGCUUGAAAGUGCGCGAGUGGUCAGAAAUAAUAUAUUUUUUGAAUAAAUAUCAUGAAGUUGAAGUUUUGUUUUCAGACAUCUCUGAUAAACGUGAAGAAGAAGUCAUUCUUUCCCUACGUGAUAAGUUUAAAAAUGAUAUGGAUAAGGUUAUCUCAAUAGUUCUAUCUCAUUCAAAAGUCGGAGCAAAAAAUAAUUUGGUCCUUAACCUUCUAGAUCAGAUCAAACCUUCUAGUCUUGGACAAGCACUUGACAAAUUUUUCUCUCCUGUUCUUAAAAAAUUGGCUGAACUUGGUGGGAGGUUUACAACAAAAGUUGCAUUAAAGGCCCGUGAAUUACUAAUUCAAUGUCAUCUGCCCUCAUACGAAGAAAGAUAUACACAAAUGGAACAAAUACUAAGAGCCGCAGUUAUUGAAAAACAUUACGGUGAUGAUGGUUACGAUUAUCGAAUGCCGAGUUAUGAUUCCCUGAAAGAAUUAAUUGAUACAAGAUUUGCAGUUUUUGAUGUUCUACCAAAUUUUUUUUACCAUAAUGAUCCUUGGAUAGGGCUUGCUGCUUUAGAAGUGUAUGCUCGUCGAGCCUAUCGAGCCUAUCAAGUUGUAGACGUUGAAUAUUAUACUGAUCAAGUUCCAUUCAUGGUUUCAUGGCAUUUUUUAUUACACAGUACCAAUUUUGCAAUUCCCACUACACCAAAUUCAAGAAAUCCGCAGUUUUAUAUGAGGCGUUCUGGUUCAAUAUCAGAUUUAAGUUAUUUAGUUCCACGUACACCAGAAAAUGAGCCUCUUCGUAUCGGUGCAAUGGUUUCUUGUUCCUCUAAUGAAGAAAUCGAAACAAACUUGCCUGGAAUAUUAAAUAUCUUCCCAAAAUUAAGUGAGAUCAAAGGAAACAACCAAGAUUCAAUGGACAGUCAAUAUCCUGGUUAUUUUACAUUUCGUGAAGCAAAUGAUUUCACAGAGGAUCAAACUAUACGCCACAUUGAACCUGCUAUGGCUUACCAACUUGAAUUGGCUAGACUGUCAAAUUUUGAUAUCAAACCCUGUUUCACCGAUAAUCGACAAAUCCAUGUAUAUUUUGCAGUUGGAAAAGAAAAUACUUCUGAUUGUCGUUUCUUCGUCCGAGCUUUAGUACGUCCGGGAAGGUUGCGUAAUAGUGUUCAAACAGCUGAUUAUCUUAUUUCUGAAUCUGAUAGACUUUUAAAUGAAAUUUUGGAUUCUCUUGAGAUCAUUAGCUCCGAAUAUAAAAAUUCAGACUGUAAUCAUCUUUUUAUUAAUUUUAUUCCUAUCUUUGCCUUGGAACCUAGACAAAUUGAAGAGGCAGUUAAAGGUUUUAUUGAAAGACAUGGUAAAAGAUUAUGGAGACUACGUAUUACCGGAGCUGAAGUUCGCUUCAAAGUUGAAGAUCCAACACAAAAAAGUCAUUAUCCUCUACGUGUUAUUAUAAAUAACGUUUCUGGGUAUGUUGUCAAAGUCGAGGCUUAUCAAGAAGUUAAGACCGAUAAAGAAAAUUGGAUUCUUAAAUCUAUUGGUAAACAAGGUUCAAUGCAUCUACAAUCAAUCCAUACUCCUUAUCCAAUAAAAGAAUGGUUACAACCACGUCGCUAUAAAGCUCAUUUGAUGGGUACUACAUAUGUAUAUGAUUUUCCUGAAUUGUUUCGUCAAGGUAUUCGAACUCAAUGGAAUCGAGCAGCUCAUAAUAACCCUAAACUUAAAUGUCCCAAUGAUGUUCUUGAAGCAAAAGAGCUUGUCCUCGAUGAAAAUGAUACACUUCAAGAGGUUGAUCGAGCACCUGGAACCAAUUCAUGUGGCAUGGUAGCUUGGACAUUUACACUUUUUACACCAGAAUAUCCAAAAGGGAGAAAAAUUAUAGUUAUUGCAAAUGAUAUUACAUGUCAAAUUGGUACAUUUGGCCCAGAAGAAGAUCGUUUUUUUUAUAAAGCUACUCGACUUGCAAGAGAAAUGGGAAUCCCGAGAAUUUAUCUUUCGGCCAAUUCUGGUGCCAGAAUCGGUUUGGCUGAUGAAAUUAUUGAUCUUUUUAAUGUUGCAUGGAUUGAUAAAGAAAAUCCAACAAAAGGCUUUAAAUAUCUUUAUCUUGAUUCAGAAACUUACAAGCAAUUAAAUCAAAAUGAUAGGAAAUCUGUUAUUGCAGAAGAGAUAGUUGAGGAGGACGAACUAAGAUACAAAAUAACAGACAUAAUUGGUAUUAAUGAUGGUCUUGGAGUGGAAUGUUUAAAAGGUUCAGGUUUAAUUGCUGGAGAAACUUCGCGUGCUUAUGAGGAUAUAUUUACCAUUACUUUGGUUACAUGUCGUUCAGUUGGUAUUGGAGCUUAUCUAGUUCGUCUUGGACAACGUACAAUACAAAAUGAAGGACAACCCAUAAUUUUAACAGGAGCACCUGCUCUUAACAAAGUGCUUGGUCGUGAGGUUUAUACAUCUAAUCUUCAACUUGGUGGUACACAAAUCAUGUUUAAAAAUGGAGUAUCCCAUCUUACUGCACAUAAUGAUUUAGAAGGCAUUACAAAAAUAGUUCAAUGGCUAUCUUUUGUACCUGCAACAAAAAAUUCUCAAAUCCCUAUAUCUGUAAAUUCCGAUCCUUGGGAUCGUGAUGUUGAUUAUAUUCCACCUAAAGGUAUAUAUGAUCCACGCUGGUUAAUCACGGGAAAAACUGAAGUAGAAGGUGAUUCUAGUAUAUGGAUUAAUGGGUUUUUUGAUCGCGGUUCAUUUGUAGAAACUUUAAGUGGAUGGGCCAGGACCGUGGUUGUCGGCCGUGCAAGACUUGGCGGGAUACCUAUGGGCGUAAUUGCAGUUGAAACACGUACAGUAGAGCAUAUAGUACCAGCAGAUCCAGCAAAUUCUGAAUCUCAUCAACAAGUAAUGAUGGAGGCAGGUCAAGUAUGGUAUCCCAAUUCAGCUUAUAAAACAGCACAAGCAAUAAAUGAUUUCAAUAAAGGCGAACGAUUACCUUUAAUAAUAUUUGCAAAUUGGCGUGGAUUUUCUGGAGGACAACGUGAUAUGUUUCAAGAAAUAUUAAAAUAUGGUUCAUAUAUUGUUGAUGCAUUAACAAAUUAUAAACAACCAGUUUUUGUGUAUAUUAUACCUAAUGGUGAGCUUCGUGGUGGAGCAUGGGUAGUAGUUGACCCAACAAUAAAUAAAGAUAUGAUGGAAAUGUAUGCAGACAUACAGUCUAGAGCGGGUGUAUUAGAACCCGAAGGUCUUAUAGAAGUGAAACUCAGAAAACCACGACUUCUCUCAAUCAUUGAAAGAUUGGAUGAACCUUAUAGGAAUCUCAAAAAAUCAUUAGAAGAUCCUAAACUUUCAGAUAAUCAAAAGGAAGAGAUAAAAAUGAUUUUAGAUGCUCGUGAACAUGAAUUACUAUCUAUAUAUUCCCAAGUCGCAUUACAAUUUGCCGACUUACACGACACACCAGGUAGAAUGAAGGCAAAAGAUACCAUAAGAAAAGCUUUAGAAUGGAAAAAUGCCAGGAGAUUCUUUUAUUGGCGAUUAAAAAGAAGACUACAUGAGGAAUAUGUGUAUAAACAAUUGAUUGAGGCAAAUCCUUCUCUUACAAGAGAACAAAUGAAACAAUAUUUAAUCGAUUGGUUUAAACAAGAUAAAAGAACAGAAUUAGAUUGGGAGGAUUCUGAUAUGAAGAUUGCUUUAUGGUUAGAUGAAUUUAAUUGA